CACAUUCGGGACCAUUGUAGCCAUUGCUAAAAAGUCUACAAUAACGGCAACUCCAACCGAAAGCAGACUCUACUGUCCGGAUGUUGGACCACCAGGAGGCUUGUACGUAACUGUCAGUGUGCUUGUCAGUGAGGGCCUCUUGUUUUGUUUCAAUAUCUACACCCCUAUGCACCAAGGUCAAGGCCAAGCGAUAGAUGACAAAAGCCCGUUUGAUAACGAAGCCGUUGCUAAAGAUGAGGGUCAAAUAGCCAAGGUCAAAUGUACGGCAGGAUCGAAGUGUUGGUCGAUGUGUUACGACCCACCAGACGAAAGCGCAUUAACUAAAUUUGCAAAUGACUACCACCUGACAUAUAAACCGGGCUCGUGUCAUGGGACGGAUAUCACGAAAAGUACCAAACAAGUAAGCCAAUCAUUGUGGAAAUGUCUGAGCGGGUGUGUCGAAAAUCACCAAUGCCAAGCGCUCGAAUGGAACGAGGAGACAAAGGUGUGUCAGCACAAGGGCGACACGUGUGCCAUUCCUGACCUAGAUGCCAAAUCGUUCCACACAUUUGAACUUCGUCGUGAUACAAGAAAGAAGUUUACCGCCGAUGCACCAUCAGAAGGAUGCAUGCACGUUCAUUCGAACACACACACAACGGGUGGUACACUAAAGUGGUAUAUAUACACUGGUGAACAGUGCCGUGACUACUGCAUUCAGAACUCACUUUGUAGGGCUGUUGACUGGGUAAGGAAGAAAAAACGAUGCCACUUUCAUUUGAGUGACACUAGUCACAGGCAAGUGGCAAGCAGUUGUUGUGUGCAGUACAUCAAGGAUACAAACGUCUGUAAAAUUCCAAAAAAAAAACAUGUCAAAAAGAGACAAACUGCAAGGAAGAUAAAAGGCUUCUUAAAACGGUUUUUCGGCUAGUGAGAUGAACUCUGAAUAAAAAUAAAUGUGUAUGUGAAUAUAUUCGAACUUAUACUAUGGUUUAUGAACACCUCGAAAUAAUGCAUUUUCUCGGCUUUCAUAGUAACACCCAGAAAAAAUAUGUUAACAGACAUUAUCAUAAUGACAUUUGGUCAAAUGAGCGCAAGUACCCAUGCAGGUAUGCAGCACAGCCAACUUUCGGCCAGAUGACAAGAAAAGACGUUUUCGCCAACAUGUAGUUGCAUCAACCAGAAAAAACUCUGUUGCAAGAGUUUGGCUACGAAAAAUGAGUCGUCGCCACACAUUCAGCAGUUCACAUCACAUCCAUGAAUUGUCCCGAGGCUGUCUUGGUACGUACGCUCAAUUAAGGCGUUUGGUUACUUCGACGCGGUUAUAUCCGUCCAAAGCAGACACGUGCGAUGAACUGAAUAAUCUUUAUAGCGCGCAAGGCUGACUCAAAGCCAUCCACGCAUAAUGCUGCUAGUGAUUGUUGGAUUGCUUUGCAUCUCACAGACAGACGCCUUUUUGUUCGCAAAGAAAAAGCCAAGAGACACGGGAACCUAUGUCACGAAGUUUGUGGCAUCAAAACAAGAGUGCGGACAAUCUUUUCGGCGCCGAUGGGACAACCUUCACAAGAUCGAAUUCAAACGUGUUUACAAGCUUGGGGAUUAUUUUGUGUGUGUCAAAGGAAUGGAAGAUUAUGAUUUACCUCCAUCUCAAGGUUGCAUGAUACUGAAAAAAGGCCUACUCGCCAAGCCGAAAUUCGGAAACUACUUCUACAAGCCAAUCAAAUUCAUAAAAUCUGCCCGAAAAUGCCGGAACUGGUGCGCGUCUAAAUUAACUUGCCGGGCUGUCAACUGGUUUGGAAAGAAAGACCAGUAUUCGUGCGGGUAUCUCCUCACACAACCACAACAUGGAGGCUAUCUUAAGAUGCAUGACAACAGAGUGGCAGUGUAUGUGAAAGAUACUAGGAAAUGUCCAAUUCGGCAACGAACGUUCAAGUCAAAGACGAAGGAUUUCUUCCAUGGAAUGUUCGGCUAACGGGAAUGCAACAAACAACACUUUCGAACGGCACCUGGUGACGACAAGGAAUAACUUAUUGCCCGACAUAUUUGACUCUGCUCUAAACUAAGUUUAACCCCUUGGGACAAAAAAACCCAGCAGAAUUGAUUAUUAUUGUCCCUCAAUUACUGUUUGAACAUCCAACUAAUCUUGAGGGCACAUAAUCAUUGCAUUAUACCGACUUCAGUGAGGUUAGGUAGAGUUAUUAUUGACUUCAUAUCUUCAUGACGAAAAUGUCACCUACGCAAUACAGCUGAAUACCGUUUUGGAAGGCACUGGAUAUAAUAAAUGAACCCGUUCAAA